UUAUGAUUUUUUUUUUUUUUUUUUUACAAACGGACAGAACGCAAUGGUGGCACUGUCUUACUCACAAAAAAUAAAAUUGGUUAAGUGACAAUGAUGCAGAGUAUUUAACAUGCCAGUAAAAAAAACUAGAAAGUUGAUCUUAAGUUCAGUGUGUGGGUAUACGCUUCAGAGUAUGUUAGGAAAACUUUUUAAACAUCAUUGUCUGUCAACUCAGGUGGAGAUGAGAAAAGGAAACAAAAAUGGAAACCUGUAGUGUCCCUCGAGCAAAACAUGUCACAUCUAUUUCAGAACUUAUUCCCCUGCUGUCUGCUGCAAGUUUCCAAAGACGAGGACUCAUCAGGGGCCACAGAGACACAGGGCUACAGUCACACUUCACUAUGUCACAGGUAUAUAUCAGAAAUCUACUAACAGCGCCAUGUUGUUUUCAUUGUUCAUGCAGAUGAAUGAAAGCAGUUAAGAUCGGCUUGAAUCAUUAAGACAAAAAUGUGCCUUGGGUUCUGUCUGCAACAUUUGUCAGACAGGUUCUCCCUCGUUUUUUUUUUUUGAUGAGCUAUUACUGAAGCCUCUUCAGGGAUCUAAGUGGUGCAGAUACAUACGUGAGGGCCCAUGGGGGCUUCGGGGGUUACACUGGUACAUGUUUUUCACUUAACGGCCUUGAUUAAAACCUGGAAAGAAAGACAGUUACCAUGGGCGUCUCACCUGUGGAAUUAAUUAUCGCAGCAAAGAUAGAGGACGGCACCCUUAGCUUCUCGUCAUUUCCUGAUAAACAAGCUGUGCCUCCACACCUUUCAUCAGACCUGAACGGGACUCUAACCAGGAAGCAGCUGAGUUAUCGACUUUCCAGCAGAAUGCCGAGCCAGCUCGAGGGUGCGAUGGACGCACUGAUUACAGUUUUCUACAACUACUCUGGGAAUGAUGGAGACAAACACAAGUUGAACAAGGGCGAGUUGAAGGAUCUGUUGAACAGCGAGCUCACCGACUUCCUCACGUCUCAGAAGGAUCCGAUGCUCGUGGAGAAAAUCAUGAACGACCUGGACUCAAACAAAGACAACGAGGUGGAUUUCAACGAGUUUGUCGUCCUGGUGGCCGCCCUGACUGUCGCCUGCAACGACUUCUUUCAGGAGCAGCAGAAGAAACCCAAGAAGAUGUCCGCAGAAAAUCUGUAAAUCUUUUUAACAAUGUCAAAAUGUCUUCACACUUAAAACCGCCCUGUAAACGUCUCACACUGUAGAGCUUUGUGAAAGUCAUAUUUUAACCAAACGCUGUGACAGUGUGUGAAAUAGUCGCUCUUAAAUAAUAUAUAGAACGGUGUACAAGGACACAUGUUCCCCUUUUUUUUAUGACGCUCAUUAAAUAUUUGAAAGUAAUGCAUUUUUAUUUAAAUUGUAUUUAAAUCCUACAACUCAAAAGCAGUUUCAUGUCAUGGCUUCUUCUUCUUCUACACUUUAAACCAGGAGACAGACCGUUGUGUUUGUCUCAGGAGAAAAUUC